AUAUCUUUUUCCCGAAUAUUUUUCAUUAUUUAUAGGAAAACUAACCGAUUGUUUUGGUCGGUCGUUUGAUCAAAUAUAAUAUGCAUAUUCAUGACUUGUUUAUUUCAGCAAGAAUAAUUUGGAAGAAUAUCAAUAUAUUUCAUUAGUUCCACAUUUAAAACAGUUGGUGUUAUUGAUUACAGCAAAAUGGAAAAUAUUGCCCAAUGCAAUAAAUAAAUUAAAAAGUCAAAAUGGAGGAUUAUGGUGGAAUUGAAUCUACAGAAUCACCACUUACAGUCAGCUCAAGUGGAGACAACUCUGUAAAUCAAACUGAAGCUGUGAAUAUCUCAAGUAUUCCUCAAACAUUUGAGCAGAUUCCUUUUGAAAAUGCUGCAUUACCAAGCCAUUUACCUGCCUUCACAGAUAUUACUGCCACUGCCUUACAAAAUGUGAAUAGUGUUACUUGUAACAUCAGUUUACCACAACUUGAAAUUCAACCUCCUCAUUUGUUGCCAGUUGCCAUAACAACUAUUGGACUUCCUAUUGAUCCACAAAUCCUGCAAUUAGCACCAAGCACUUUGACACCAGGUACUAUGCUUUUACAAGAUCAGCAGCCUGAACUAGUAGAAAAAUUACCAUUGGUGCCAAUUUUGUCAGCAAUUUCAACAGGUAUGCCAAGUAUAGUAAACUGCAUGCCAGUUGGAAUGAUGGGUCAGCCAUUAACAUCUGUGGCAUCAGCAUCUUCUGAUACUUACCUUACAUCUCAAUAUUUCCUCAAUAGCUCCAAAGAGCAGAGUUUUGAUCUCACUGAAAAUGUAGGUCAUACUGCCAUGGAUCAAGACUCUGCAAAUAUUGAAUCACUGCGAUCUGAAAGUGUUUCACAUAUUGAUGGAGAUAUUGAAAAUGCACAAAAUGUCAAAAACCAUGUGCCUGUUGAUACAAUAAAUACUGAUGAUACAGAAACUAUAGGUUCUGAUAACAUUGAUAAUGAAUGUACAGAUAGUUCAACACAAAAUCAGAAUAAUCCUGAUAUCAUUGAAAAAAUCGGUUUCAGUGUCCUAAAUGAAAAACUUUCAGCUGUAUCAACUCCAAAAGAUAUUAAAAAACUAGGUGACACACAAGUAGAGAAUAAAAUGGAACUGAAGAGUACAAAAGAAAAUGAAAAUGAAGAACAAGCCAUAAAUGAUGAUACAGAUUCUGUAUGUAUUGAUAAAGUAAAACAAAGUCAGUUUCUUACAACAUGUGAAUUGAAAGAAACAAACGAAGAGGAAGAAAGUAGCAGAGAUUCUUUAGUUGAGACAAAGGAUGUUGUAAAAAGUGAUGAAAAGAUAAAUAAAGGUGCAGAUACUGUUGAUAACGAAGAAGCAGAAUUUAUAUGGGAAAAACAUUUAGAGGAGACAGGUUCAGUUUCUGUUCCUCCAACAGCAUUUAAACAUGUUGAGUACAGCUUAGAGAGUGGAUUUGUUAAAGGAAUGAAAUUAGAAGUGCCUAACAAAUGUAAUACAGAUACAUACUGGGUUGCCUCAGUACUUAUGACCUGUGGACCAUUGUUACGAUUACGAUUUGAUGGUUAUGAAGAUGACAACUCUUCUGAUUUUUGGUGUGACCUUAUGACCUCAGAAAUUCAUCCAAUAGGAUGGUGUGCUCAGAAUAAUCAAAUUUUACAACCACCAGAAGCAAUCAAGGACAAGUUUGAUGAUUGGAGAGACUUCCUUGUGCGAUCAUUAACUGGUGCUCGUACAGCCCCUUCUUAUCUUUUGGACAAGAGUACAGGAAUCACUCCAAUCGAUCAGCUUAAACAAGGCAUGAGAUUAGAACUUCAGCAUCCAGUCUAUCCAUUAGAAGUUUGGUUAGUCAAGAUACUUGAGAAUGUUGGUGGUCGUCUGUAUCUGAGAUUUGAAGGUGUAGAAACUGCAACCCACGAUUUCUGGCUAUUCUACCUCAACCAUAGACUGCAUCCCAUUGGAUGGGCUAAAAUGCAUGGAUUCAAAUAUCAACCCCCAAAAGAGUUGAUAAGUGAAGAUUGUGAGACAGAUUGGUCAGAAGUAUCGAAGACGGCUUUGAAAGAGGCUGAGAAAUUUGUUUUACCACUUGCCAUUUUUAAGGACCAAGAGGAAGUGAAUGAGCAUAGGUUUGAGAAAGGUUGGAAGCUUGAAGCUCUCAAUCCUAUAAAUAAAACACAGAUAUGUCCUGCAACUGUCUUAUAUGUUUUGAAUUCACGUUAUUUUGUUGUUGAAAUUGACGACUUGGAAAAUAAAGAAGAAAUGUGUAGGAUAAGAUUCUCAUGUUAUUCUGGAUCAAAAUGUAUAUUUCCUACAAAGUGGUGUCGGUCAAAAGGCAUAAAUGUUACUCCCCCUAAUGGUUGGCCAAAAUCAACCCUAUCAUGGGAGGACUAUUUGAAAUAUUGUAAAGCAGAGGCAGCUCCAAAUUCAUGUUUCCCUGAGAGGAAAUUUGAACAAGACAUUGAACCUGGAAUGAAAUUUGAAGCAGUUAAUCCAGAAAAUCCAAACCAAAUCUGUGUAGCUACCAUAUCAAGAGUUUUUGAACCAUUACUGUGGAUUCACCUAGACAGCAUCCCUUUGUACGGAAGCAGCCAUAUUGAACAUUUUGAAUCACACAACUUGUUUCCAGUUGGUUGGUGUGAAAGUAAUGGGUACCAGUUGAAAACUCCAGUAAUGGUAAAGAAGAAAUCUGCUGUUCUAUCUGAGAUUACUGAUUCAACAAAUGAAGUCUUCCAUUCAAAACAAGGUGGAGAAUGGUGCAAUAAAGUGUAUUACAACCAUCAUUGUUUCUCUGGUCCUCAUCUGAGUAAGAGUAGAAUAGCCUCUUUACCAAAAUGUGUCGGUCCAGGUCCAAUUUUCCUCGUGAUGAAAGAGGUGUUAUCAAUGCUGAUAAAUGUGGCCUAUAAACCAUGCAGGGUGCUCAAAGAACUUCAGCUGGAGGGCAGACCUAAUCUUGAUAUGUACCAACAAAUAUUAAAAGCAAAGUACAAAGGAAAGAGCUACAGAGCAGUUGUAGAGAUUAUUCAGCAUGCAGAGAAAUUACCAGAGUUUUGCAGAAAGAUAUGUACAAAGUUAGAAUGCUGUCCAAAUUUAAUCAGUCAAACUUUCAUAAAUGGAGAAUGUCCUGAAAAAUGCUCACAACUUACAAAAACUCAGUAUACAUAUUAUAAUCCAAAAAAGAAAGUGGGUCGACCACCUGGCGGUCACACAAACUUAGAAAAUGGUCCUAAAAAGCCAGGAAAGAAGAAAAAGAAGAAACGAAUGAAAAUUCUUACCCAAGGGGAGACAAAUGCAGAAGAAAAUGGCAGCAUUGUUGAUGGGGAUGAGGACAAAGAAAGUGUAACUAGUGACACUAAAACAAAUGAUAGUGGAGAAAAUCUAUAUAAUGGUGAUAAGACAUUAAAAAGGAAAUAUGUUCACCAUAUUCCUUUGCCUUCAGAUAUCAAAACAAGAGGAGCAAAAUUACCUAAAUAUAGUUUUGAGAGAAAAACACACAAGAAGAUUCCAGUGCAAGACAAGCAUCACAUUCAUACCAAACCUCAUAAAAAGCACCAUGUAAAAGAAGAAAAACAGACAUCUCCCCAUAAUUCACCUGUAAAGAAUGCUAUGAAACUAAGCAGUAAUCCAUUGCAUUGGUCAGUUCAGGAAGUUGUUGGCUUUAUAAAGGGAACAGAAUGUGCUCCAGUGGCAAGGUUAUUCAGAGAACAGGAAAUUGAUGGCCAAGCUUUACUUCUCUUGACACUGCCUACAGUACAAGAAUACUUAGAACUCAAAUUAGGUCCUGCCAUUAAACUGUGCCAUCAUAUAGAACAGAUUAAACUAGCAUUCUUUCAGCAAUAUGCUAAAUGAUUGUUGGGCAGUGAUUAAUAUUUAAUUUUUAUGUAGACAAACAUAUGAAGAUUUUGAUAUUACUGAAGCUAUUGGGAAUUUUGUGGUUCUUUAUAUUGUUAUAGGAGUUAUUGAAUUUUAAGCCUAAAAUUUAAAAUUCAUAUGAUGAAAUGAUGUCAUUUUAGAUGAAAAUCACACUCUGAAACUGUGCAAUAUCACCAGUAAUAAGUGCAUAUUAAGUCUCUGUAAUUGAUCUAUAUCAUGGUCAAAUUGCUUAACUUCACACAAUCUGUUGGUAAAUUUAACUUUAUUCCACAAACAGGGAAAGUAUUUUAUCUACCAGUUCUGUUAAUUAUGUCAUAUCUUCCACAUAUUUUGAUUUUUGAUUUAAAAAAAAAUAUAUUUACUAGGACGUGUUUUAUAUAAUUAUAGAUUAUCGUUGGUUAUCUCAACGAGAUUGAUUUUCUCGCUUGAGCCGGUACGGCGAAAGCGAGAAAAGCAAUCGAGUUGAGAUGACCAAUGAUAAUCUGUUUAUCGCUAUUUUACCUAUGAAGACAUUGUUAAUUUCCUUGACAACGGCACGUGUUCCCUUAUCUAGCGAUAAUUUUCAUAUCACUCGACUCCACUGAGAACGGAAAUUAUCAGUCAGCAAGAUCAAAGAUAAAAUUCGUAAAAUAGCGAUAAUUGUAUUUAUUGCUAUUUUCUAAAAUUUCCUUCUGAUCUUUCUGUAUGAUAAUUUUUCAUCUCAAACUGGGAUUUUCUAAGUUGUGUUGAGAAAUAGUUAUGCUUUCAUUGUUACCAUAAACAUAAAUUGAAGUUAUCUAAGAAAAUAGUGAUGAAUUGGUUAUUUUUGAUUUUUAAAACUAAAUUCAUUUUCUCACCUAAUCUUAUCUCAAACAAGUUCAAUGGAAAGAGGAUGAAAAUAUAUAUCUCCAUUAAAAAACAAAAUGAAAAAUGAUCUAUAACUAUAUAAUUAUAGGUUGAUACUAUUCACUAUCUUCUGAAAGAAAAGACUGUCUUAUCUGCUCAGGGUUAGUUUUAACUUGAUUUAAGGAUGUUUGCGCCUCUGUUUCAGAAUAAUAAGCUUUUGAAAAGACUGGUUUAAACAGAUAGUGUAUAAACAAUGGAACUUAAACAGUACAAAAAAAAUGACAGGUCUUUGUUUUUGAGAUAUAACCAAAUGAAAAUUUGGCACCUUUUAUCUUUCAAAAACUAUGAAAAAAUAACUAGGAUUUUAUAGGAUUUUCCAAAAUGGCAUUUUAAACCUAUAUGUAAUAAAAGUAUAAAAAGAAAAGUAGGGGUUAGUGGUCAAAAUUUUAUUGGCACUACAUGGAUAAAACUAGAGGGUUAUGAAAAUCUGAGAAAAAUUUGAAAACAAGAGUAGCUAACAUCCUUAAAGAAUAAAAUUAACUUUUGACCCUGGCUCAAUUUACCUGUAGAUCCAGGCUGUACACAAUAUUAUGUUGAAAUUCUUAGUGCAUGUCAAAAAAUAGCAAAAUCUUUCGACAUGGUGGGAAGCAUAAAAUAUAUCAUAAAUUUAAGCAUGUUUAUAAAAACUAUGUUUUAAUUCAAUUACAAUACAACAAAACUAAAUAUAUUAAUUAUAAGCAACCAUUGUUCUAUUUGUUUAUAUAUACAUCCUACGUGCAGAGUUAAUUCAGGGCUUAAUAGCCAUAUGUAUAUCACCUAGCGUUGGUAUGUGGAGUAAAGAUAGUGUGUGGAUUAGCUACCUUAAUCAAAUUAAAAUGUUUACUGGACAGUAGCAAAAGUAUAAAGCUGUUUUUUUUAGAACUCUGUGAUAAAUUUCCAUUGCUGAUUUGCAUGGACUGCAUGUUAUUUUAUAGUUACUGUUUGGAUGACUGUAAUAUUGUUUAUUCUUUUUACAGUAAUCUACUAUGUAUAAAUGGAGAUUUUAUUUUGUAUACACAAUUUGAACUAGUUGUUGGUAAAAUGUUGAUACCUGCUGCACUUAAUUUGAAUUGAUUUUCUGCAGGUGUAGAACUAUUGGAUGCAUUUAUCAUAUUGAACUUUAGGCCACACCAAAUUAAUUUUUUAGUUCUUUGGAUUUUUUCCAUGAAAAAGGGUAACAAGCGAGCUAAAUUUUUUUUAUUUUUUUUUUUUUUUCAAAGUUUGAAUUUUGGCAGGCGAAAGAAUUUUUUACUAGUGAGCACUAUUAUUUUUGAUAUUCUAAAAAAAUAAAGUCGAUGAAAAGUAUUUUAUGCAAGCGAGCGAUCAGAAAUUUACACUGUUUUGGUGCUUCAUGUUUUUAUAUAUCUCAUAUCCUAGUUCUUAUAUUACCCUACUUUGCUUAUCAAUUUGUUCUGUGACACCCUGUUGAAUUCUUUUCACAACAUUUCCAGUACAAAUGGGGUUAACUAGUAGCAAAACCUACAACCUCGGGCAGUCUGCUCAAACAAAGAACCUGUCUGAACAUGAAAAAGUGCAACAGCUUUGGACAGGCAGACGUCAAUGUUUGAUGGAAGUUAUAAUUGAUGUAUUAUAAAAAUAAGGAAAUGUGGUAUGAUAGCCAAUGAGACAACUAUCCAACAAGGUUCAAAUGAAGUGGAUGUAUGCAAUUAUAGGCAACGUACAGCCUUCAGCAAUGAGAAAACCCAUACCGUACUGGCUAUAAAAGGCCCUGACAUGAAAAAUAUGAAACUGAGAAAACUAACGGCCUAAUUUAUAACAGUUUAUGAUAAACAAAUAUGACAGACAUUAACCAACGACAACCAGUGAACUACAUAUUUGUGUAUACAACAGGCUGAAAAUUUAAAAAGGGAUGUCCUUCAAAAACCACACCAAUUUAUACUACUUAGUAUUCAAAUGCAUCACACCAGAUGCUAUAUACUAAUUAAACAAAAGGAACAUUUAAAUACAGUCCACUUAGUCAUUGCUUUGCUGAAGAAUUUACUAGCAAUCAAAUAUUUAUGUAUAUGGGGAUAUUGCUCUGUGUUGAAGGCCUUGAAAAUCAUACAAAUCCUUAUUUUUAGAAGAUUUUGUAAAUUGUAAAGUUGGAUUGAUGUGUUAUAUUCAAUUACCACAAAAACGUCCUUGUCAAAUUCCAUGCUUUAUAACUUUGUAUUCAUUAAAUGAUACUAGCAAAUGUAAAUAAAAGAUUCAGGGAAAAAAACCUUUUAUUGUAAAAGAUUAAAAAAAAAAAGAGUAAAAAAUAUAAUAGUUUCAUUGUGGUGCCAUUUCAGUGCAUGUACCAUCAUCUCCAGGAUUCUCUUUUAUUCUUAUGCAUGUUGUAUUGUCAUGAUUUGAUGGUCUUUCAAUUCGGUGGCGGUGGAGCAUUGUGGUCUUGAACGGAGCACUUCAAACAAAUUGAUAAAAGAAUUGUCCAAAUCACAUUCCACUGCUGUGUUUGGAAUAAGGAUUUUUCCUGCAACUGUUACUACAAAUAUUCAACUCAUGUCUUAAAAGUUUUGAAUAUUUGGCCAUAAAACGUUGUAAAUGUUAGAUCUAGAUCGUUUUUGUUGUCUGUAAGGUGUUACUUUCAAAAGCACAACUGAUUAAAAUUUUUGUUACAUAAAUUUAGAGACGGACGCGUGCGGCUCCGUACUGGACACAGGUUUUAAAAAAAAGUACUUUUUUCUCGUCGACCUUUCACAACACGGGGGGAUCCGACGAACGAGGUAUCAAUUUGGCGUGGCCUUAUAUAGAUUAUAUUUGCACAUGCCUUGGUAUGAAGUUAAUAGACAAAUUGUCUACAAAAAUUUAAAAAAUGAAAUUUAAUUUUGAUUUUUGAAGUUUAAUUUUUGAAAAUAAUGAGCAGUUUGUUGCACUCUUAUUGUCAUCUUUCCUUUUAGUUCAUUUUUGUCUGAUUUGCAUCCAAUGGAUAGCUGGGUAUAGUGUAGAGAAUGUUUGUAAAGGGGGGGAGACUAAUGUGAAUAGAUUUCGCCAGGGACAAUUGAUACUGCAAAGAAUGUUGUGCAUACAAAUACUUUAUUUAUUCUAAUUAAGUGUCUGUAUCAGAGCAUAUUUAUAUGUCAUUUGGUCUGUUGUGGAAAGUUGUUUCGUUGGUAAUCUUACCACAUUAUUUUUAUACUCCUAUAUAUUUCAACCUGUAUAUGUUAUCCCUGAAAAAUGCCAACACAUUGAUGUGGAUCUGUUAAUGUGGAUUUUUUGUUGAUUCUGGUCUAAUUGUCUUUUAGAAAACUUUUCAACAGACAGAACUGAUUUUGUGUAUUAAAUUGACCUAAAGUUCUCAGACUUCUAAAAUUUUUAAUGAAUGCUUCCAUAUUUAUUAUUUAUUCUUGUCAUAAUAUAUUCCUGCUGCUUUGUUUAUUCAGUCAAAUUCUGAAGAUGGUAUGUUUUGUACAAAAUUUUGCCACAAUCACAUUUUUAUAAAUUUUCUAAUUACCUUUAUUUAAAUCUGCAUUCUAAAUAAAUCUCUAUUGAUCUAGAUUUCCAUGCAGCCAUGUCACUUGAGUCUAGCCUAUUUUGUGUGUAAAUAAGUACAUGAAUCAUGAUGAAUGUGGGUAUUUUUAUAAUAUUGAAUGCAUUUACUUAAAACAUGUUUCAUUAGAAUGUGAUAAUUUUGUAUAUUACUUUGUGAAUAUGUAUAUAAGUACAUGAAAUGUAGUUUUCAAAAGUGCUAGGAAUUAUGUAUGCAAAAAAGUACUAGGCAGCAGCCAGUGUGAAUUCCCUUCCAAAGUAUAUUCCUGAAGUAUAAAUGUGUUAAAAUGAGAUUUGAGUAGGUAAUUAAUUAGAUGAAUUAAGUUAUCAAGAUGUAAUAACUUAACAAUUAUAUUUUUCACAUGAUUUUGUCCCCUGACUUCGAAUCUAAAUGCUAUCAUAUAAUAUCUGUAAUUAAUCGAUAUUUCCAUACAAAUGUCUUUCAGAUGAUCAGCAUAAGAUUAAAUCAUGAAUAAAUCCAUGAAAUAACCA